CAUGGCAGCGCGCGGGGCUCCUCCCUGAUCCCGGCAUGCACCGGGCAGUAGGCCCGGUCGUUCUGUUGGGCAGGAAGAUGGCGGCCUCGGGCGCAGCGCCGCAAAUCCUGGUACAAUACUUGGUAUUACGGAAGGAUCUCUCACAGACUCCAUUUUCCUGGCCAGCGGGCGCACUGGUAGCACAGGGUUGUCACGCAGCCACCGCGGCUUUGCACAUUUACCGCGACCACCCGCACACUGCAGCUUACCUCCAGGACCUGGAGCGCAUGCGCAAGGUGGUCCUCGAGGCCCCAGAUGAGACCACCCUAAAGGCACUGGCCGAGACGCUGCAAGAGAAGAACAUUGACCACAAGCUGUGGCUGGAGCAGCCAGAGAACAUCCCCACCUGCAUCGCACUCCGUCCCUACCCCAAGGAAGAAGUGGGCCAGUAUCUGAAGAAGUUCCGACUAUUCAAGUAACUGGUGUUAGCAGUUGCUUUGAUACGUUUGAAUAUCAGCUGGACCCAGAAACUGCAUGCUGUCUGUCCUUAAGCAUCCCAUACCCCUUCCAGGGGCACGUCCCUCUUCCUUUAAAUUUUGACAGUUUCUUGAGGGUCAAACACAUGUUCACAUUAAAGUUGUCAUUAAUAAGUACUUCUUUUUAAUUAUUAAGUAAGUUCAGAUGGGGAAAGGGGUGAGUAGCAGUAUCCUCUAUGGGUCAUUCAUUGUUCAAGCAGAAAAUUCGGUUAGACUCCUAUUUAGGGGCAAGGCAAUGCUCUUUACUUUUUGUUAGGAAAGACUGAGUUCUUCCCAUCACCCAGAUUUAAAGUGUUUCCUUUGACUUUCUUAUUUCUGAUUCACAUCCACGGAUUGUAAUCAUUGAAUCUAGGACACCAUCAACUUUAAGAUAUACCAUUAUCUUACAUGUUAUGAAGAAAGAAGAGAUGCUUCCAAUUAAAUUGAGACGUGCGAUUAAUGAUAAGAUGUAUUUCAGUUUCAAAGAUGCUUACAUUUAUUUAUUUGACUUAAUAAAAUACAUCCAGUAUGGCCUCUA